AUGUCAGCUCCGAUGCUGCGGCAGUCGUUGCACCUCACCUCACUGCGCUCAGGGCCGGCGGAGGCACCAUCGAGCUCAGGCGUAUCCAGGCGCGCACAGAAAAGGUCGCAGGAGGACGUCUCAGGAGGCGCGGAGUGCGCAGACAAGGGCGACGGAAGGAGGCUGGAACAGGCAAUAAGUGCUCUCGAGGGCAAGCUGAUGCGCAUGCUGAGCAAACAGCGCGCGCAGGAGGCGCAGGCGGCGAGACUGCCGCCCAGCGCUGCGAUUGACACCACCCACGAGGCCUUCCUCGCGUCUGCACGCGCAUUCGCUGGCCGGCUGGUACCGCUCCUGUCGGAGCCGCUCUUGCUGCGCGCGCUGCGAGACAAGAAAGGUGCGCACGGCGGCGCCUCGGACGCGCCCAAGCAAGUCCUCCAGCUACUCGAGAUGAUCUCGCAGCGGGACGGCUUCAGGCAAGGGGUGCUGGAAGCCAACGCCAUGGCUGCACUGGUGCGCAUCCUGCGGCUGUGCCGGGAACGGCUCGAGCGGCUCCGGCCGCCGCCUGAGCGGAGGAUUGAGCGCGGCAGCGGCAGCAGCAGCGGCACCUCUGAUGUCUGCCGCGAGGCUCGCGGGCGGCUGCAGCUGUGCCUGCGAAUGGCGGUGCAGAGUAUGGCCUUCCUGACGCAGAUCAGCCCAGAGAGCUGCUCCUGGCCCCCCUGCGAGGGGCAGAGCUGCGAGCUCGUCGCGAUCCUGCGCGACGUAUGGCUCGAUUCAGCCGUGCGCCGGCUCGCGGCUUGCUCGCUCAAGCACCUGGCGGCGCUGAACGACACGGUGCGCCUAGCGAUGGCGCCGCACAUUCAAGACCUCGUCGAGGCGUGCCUUGAGGCGCACAGGGCCGAGGGCGAUGCCGUCCUGGACUCCUCGGCGCUGUGCGCCCUCACGUCCAUGCUUGCCGAGGGGGGGCCGACAGCCGACGCUGCGCUCGCGGCGGUCGCAAAUUUGGUGUCCAACCGCCGGGCGAGAGCCCGCUUCGUCGAGCUGGGGGGCAUCGCGCUGCUGCAGGCGCCGCUGCGGUCGGAGCACGAGGGCAUUUACAAAAACGCGGGCUGGGUCAUUGCCUCCCUCGCGGUUGACACCGACAUUUCGGGGGACUUCACCCUGGACGGCGGCAUCCCGCUGCUGCUGCAAUACGCGCGCUCGGCCGACCUGGGGCACCAAGAGGAGGCGGCGUGGGGCCUCGCAAACCUCUCAUCGCAGAGUGAGCUCACUGCCACGCUGAUGCGCGCCAACGUGGUCCCAUUGCUGGUGACCUUUGCGCGCUCCGAGUCGGACGGCGUGCGGAUGCAAGCGCUCUGGACCCUCGCCAACCUCGCCGUACACCCCGAAUUCCGACAGGAGAUCGCACGGGAGCGCACGAUACCGGCGCUGCUGGACAGCUUCAGAGAUCCUGCGCCCGGCACGCAUCACUCGCUCACGCAGGCCGCUCGUGCGCUCUCCAAUCUUGUGGUCACCUCAGAAAACCGGGCGGAGACGAUGGCGCACGGCGGCGGCGAGGCGAUCCUCCGGUGUGCCCUCUCCGAAUCCAACGAAGUGCAGCAGGCGGUGGCUCGGGUGAUAGUCAACCUGUCGUACGAGGUCGGUGUCGCGAUGCAGCUGGUCAGCGCGGGCGCGCUGCCUGUCGUCGCUAGCCUCCUCGGCUCAGACUGCGACAGCGUCCAGCAGGAGGCCACGUGGAUGGCCGUGAACUUCUCUCUCUGCAUCGACGGCCAGGCGCCACCCCCCCGGGGCAGCCCCGCGUUUGGCGCCGAGAUGGUCCUUCCGCUGCUCCACCUGCUGCGCUCGGCCCGGCGCGAGGUUCUCGAGCAGGCCGCUUGGGCCCUCUUCAACCUGGCGCGCUCGAGGCCCAACAAGAUGGCAAUGCUCAGCCAUGGCGCGCUGAGCCUGCUGGCCGGUCUGCCGUCGCAAGUCGACAUGCGGGCUGGGGGUAGCUCAAGUGGGGUGCGGGCGGCUUCGGGGACCUUGCUCACGUCGCUCGCCGAGGCACUGACCCCCACGUCGAGGAGAGCGAUCGUCGGCCCCGGCAGCGAGCGGUCGCAGCCCCCGAGCGGGCUGCACCGGGGGGAGGCGCCUCAAAAGGUGGCGAUGCUCUCGGCACCGGCCGGGCCGGGCCUGCUUGAGCCCCAAUUCGCGAGGUUUGCCGUCAGCGGCGCAGAGGAAGCCUCGUAG